AUGUCAUUGUUAGACCAUUUUGAAGACCAGCAGCAACGAGCUUAUCCGGUUUCUUCUGUUAGCCCUUACAUGGGAACCUCGUCCAUUGGCUUGGAAACUGGAGAUCCGUUUACUGGCUCAACCACUGCUGGAACUCCAUUGUCUUUGAUUGCAGGAAGUUCAGGAAUCAACCGAUUUGCUAAUAAAGAUGACCAUCGCACUGUUGCUCAGUUUAUGCUCGACAAGGUUCAAUUCGCAUUUCCAGAUGACAUUCUUGCAGUCGAUGUGUCCAACAAUAUGCUCUGCGUUGCUCUCCGUACUUAUACUCCACCAAAAGACUCUGCUAGAUUGCGGGUGUUGCGUAUCGAUCUGGAUAAGCCAGAUGCUAUUGAAGAUAUUGUAUUCACCAUUAAGCAGAAAUCCGAUCUGAUUUUAAAUGUGUUUUUGAGUCCACUGGCACACCAUCUGAUUAUCUCUUGUCGAUCUGGAGAUAAUUACUAUCUACACGCACGAUGGAACAAGCCGCAUCUGCUUUCAAAAAUCAAGGGAGUGCGCAUUCGAUCUAUUGCAUGGGAUAUAAGCGAAAAAGUAGAAAGUACCGGCCCCAUGAUUAUCGGCUGUAGUCAAGGCCGUAUUUUUGAAACCGAGCUUAUUCCAAACGAGGAUUUUUUUAAAAAGGAGGAGCGUUACUAUUCUCAGGUUUUUUCUUUGCAUCAAGAUUCUCCAGUAAUUGGAGUGCAUUUUUGUCUUUUUCCUCAAAGCAAAUUCAAAUAUUACAUCAUUGCCGUGACAGACUGUCGUAUAUAUCAGUUUAUUGGACAAGCGAGAUCGGCUGAUUCAUCCUUUUUUGCCAAUAUAUUCUCCAGAUACGACGAAAAUCCAGAAUAUCAGGAGCUUCCAGGAGCACUCUUGAAUCCUGUUAUGCGAACUAUUGAAACUACAUUGCCGAAUGCAAGUUGCACAACCAAUUUGGCAUGGUUAACUGGUGCGGGAUUGUAUCUGGGGGAAAUUAGUGCCAAAGAGCAGUCUUUUGGGGAUACGGUUAUUGAUUCUCCACAAAUUCUUCCAUAUUCAGUUUCUGAUCCAAAACAGCAAGCCAACAUCAACACUGGUCUAAUCUCGUUUGUUUUAACCAACUAUCAUUAUGUUCUUUUGUUUAACAAUGAGAUUGUUGCAAUUUCUCAACUUAAUAAUCACAUUGUUAGCCACGAGUCUUUUGUUUUGGCGCCAAAUGAGAUGGUUCUUGGCAUGUCGUCAGACAUGAAUCGACGUACACAUUGGGUAUAUACAAACCUCUCCCUUUAUGAAAUUAUUAUUACAGAUGAAGACCGAGAUAUUUGGAAAAUCAUGCUGGACAAAAAGUUGUUUGAGCAAGCUGCAACAUUUGCAAAGACACCUGAGCAUAAGAGCUUAAUCAAAGAAAUGCAAGCAGAAUCCUUGUUUUCUCAAAAGAAAUACAUACAAUCUGCCAUAUGCUACGUUGAAACCAAUAUCUCAUUUGAAACGAUAUGUCUUCGAUUUAUGAAUUUCAAGGAACAGCCUGCUUUAUGUGUUUACCUUCGUAAAAAACUUUCAUUGCUUCGGAAACAAGAUAUCACACAAACAACACUGAUCGGGACAUGGCUUUUGGAGUUGAUUUCUGGCAAACUGUGUGCUACUGAGCAAAGAUUGACUUCGUUGAAGCAGCGCAUGAUAAUGAGUACAAAUACGCUUGAUGCAGAUAAAUCUAAAGCAGCUGAAUAUGAAAAGGAGCAUGCUGAUUUGACUUUGGAGCUUCGAUUGCUUUUAAAAGAGUACAAGGAUCGACUUCACCACCCAACAGUGUAUACACUUCUUGGAUCUCAUGGACGUCAUGCUGAUUUGGUAUAUUUUGCUGAACUCAUUGGCGACUGGGAAAAGCUUGUUGUAUUUUUCAUUGAGCGUCGCGAGUGGUCUAAAGCAUUGAAUAUAAUUAGUCGACAGGAUUCGAUUGAUUUCUAUUAUAAACACUCGUCAAUUUUGAUCCAACAUAUUCCAAAAGAAGUCAUUGGGUUGUGGAUGAAAGUUCCUAACCUCAAUCCUAGGUUUCUGAUGCCAUCGAUGCUCAAUUUGAAUAUUUUUGGUUCAGCCAAUCAGACAAACUUGGCAAGCUAUCUUGAAUAUUUAGUGGCCAAUGGAAACCAUGAUCGCGUCAUUCACAACUACCUUAUGCGUCUUUAUGUAUCCGAGUCGUCACCAGAAAAUGAAUCACCAGUUUUAGCAUAUAUUCAAUCGCAGAAAGAAUCGCCGUUGCUGGAUUUGCCACAUGCACUUCGUAUUUGUACUGAGCGUGGACUAAUUCAAAGCUCUGUGCAGCUGUACGCCAUGAUGAGUUUAUAUGAAGAAGCCAUUGAAUUGGCACUAAAUGCAAAUAAGCCUGACGAGUCUGAUGAAGUUCGCAAGAAACUAUGGCUUAAAAUAGCUCGUCAUGUGAUUAGCAGUGCUGAAAGUGUUAGCAGUGCAUUGGAGUAUUUGAAGAUUGGUAAUUUAAACAUUGAGGAAAUUCUUCCCUUUUUUCCCGAUUUCGUUUUGAUUGACGACUUCAAGGAUGAGCUCUGCACUGCUCUUGAAGAAUACAACGAGUAUAUUACUACACUGAAAGCUGAUUUGGACGAUGCAACCAAAGCAUCAGAAAAUAUCCGAAAUGACAUUCGCGGAUUAAAAAACAGAUAUAUUAUUGUGCCAGUGACAGAGACAUGCAGAAGUUGCAAUCAACCACUCAUGACGCGACAGUUUUUGGCAUUCCCUUGUCAACACUCGUUCCAUUCAGAUUGCAUCAUUAGCUCUAUUAUAAAAGAUACGGCUCGUGGCAAAAGGAUUUUGUAUAUUCGGUCGCAACUGGAAAAGGAUGCCAAAACCCCUGUAUCGUUCUUGACUGAAGAGCGCAAAGCUACACUCAAGGAUGAACUGAAUGAUCUUAUAUCGCAGGAAUGUAUUCUGUGUGGCGACUCGAUGAUCAAAACAAUUGAUGAGUCGUUCACGAUUCAAGGGGAAGACAUGUAG